GCGUCUCCUCUGCAUAUAUCUGUAUAAAACGCGUUCUGGCCCCAGAUAUGUCUGUAUGGACCCCGCAACAAGCUGGUCUGCAGGAAAUUCUGCAGACCAUCCACGAUUCUACGGAUACCCACAAUAAGGAAGUUCAACGAACAAUCACGCAGAAACUUAACCAAUUCACGCGGGUCCCAGAUUAUAUUGCGUAUCUAGCUUACAUCCUUGGCUCUAUGCCGCAGGAAGAGGAACGCAUCCGGACGAUUGCUGGAUAUCUACUGAAGAAUAACUCCCGGCUGAUCCUUCAUUCAUCGCCUCAAGUGGCGCAAUAUGUAAAAGCAACCGUCUUACAGGCCUUUGGCGACUCCUCCGAUAUUGUACGCAAUGCUGCGGGUCAAGACUUGGUCGCCUUCCUUGGGGUCCUCGAACCCAGAAAUUGGCCGGAGUGUCUACAGCAGCUGGUUGCCGCACUUGAUUCGCAGGAUUUAGGACAACAAGAGGCUGCGUUCAACGUUUUGGAGAAGGCUUGCGAGGAUUACCCACGAAAAUUGGACAUUGACAUCAACGGCACGCGACCGCUCGACUUCAUGAUCCCCAAGUUCCUCGUCCUCACCGAACAUCCCGACCCGAGAAUGCGUGCGCACGCUGUCGCGUGUCUUUCCUACUUCGUGCCGAUCAAUUGCCAAUCGCUGUACGCGCACAUCGAUAAUUUCAUUGCAUGCCUCUUCAAACGCGCGUCAGACGAGGAUCCCGCUGUACGCCGGCAUGUCUGCCAAGCGCUCGUUUUGCUGCUCGCGUCGCGCCCCGAGAAACUGAUGCCAGAGAUGAAUAACGUGGCAGAAUACAUGCUAUAUUCUACCAAGGACAAGAAUGAAAACGUUGCCCUUGAAGCCUGCGAGUUCUGGCUCACUUUCGCCGAAGACCCGGAACUAGCGCCAUACCUUCAUCCUCUGCUUUCUAAGGUGGCCCCAGUCUUACUGGACUGCAUGGUGUAUGGCGAGGACGAUCUACUGUGGUUGGAGGGUGAUGUUGAAGAUGCCGAUGUGCCCGACAAGGAUACGGACAUCAAGCCUCGCCAUUACGGCGGCAAGUCGCAUGGGUAUGAGCGCGAAGCAAAUGGUGGCGGUGGUGGAGGCGGUGGAGGCGCAGGCGAUGGGAAGCCUAGAGUAGGCGCGUAUGGCGAGGAGACGAUAGACUCGGACGAAGAGGACGAGUACGAUAUGGAUGAUGACGAUUUUGCGGAUGAGAUGUCCACGGAAUGGAACCUGCGGAAGUGCGCAGCCGCGGCAUUGGACGUUCUAGCUGUGAGGUUUGGACAGGACCUUCUGACGGUACUCCUCGAACCGUUGAAGGAGAAGCUUUGGAGUCCGGAUUGGUUGCAGAGGGAGAGCGGAAUCUUGGCCCUAGGUGCAAUGGCUGAAGGAUGUAUCGACGCGAUCGAGCCGCAUCUGCCAAUGUUAGUACCGUACCUGAUCCAGACGUUGAGUGACCCGAAGCCUUUAGUCCGGUCAAUCACCUGUUGGACUCUGGGUCGAUACGCCAGUUGGUGUACACAGCCUGCAUCGGAAGAGCACAAGAACCAAUUCUUCGUUCCUACCAUGGAAGGUUUACUUCGCAUGGUGCUUGACAACAACAAGCGCGUGCAGGAAGCUGGUUGCAGCGCGUUUGCGACUCUGGAAGAGGACGCAGGCCCUGAGCUGGCACCUUACCUGGAACCCGUUCUGCGAAAUUUGGUAUUCGCGUUCGAUAAGUAUCAACACAAGAACAUGUUGAUCUUGUACGACGCAGUGGGUACCCUGGCUGAUGCAGUCGGGAGGGCUUUGGCCGACCCGAUGUACGUCGAAAUCUUGAUGCCGCCAUUAAUGAAGAAGUGGGAGAAGCUCAAGGAUGAUGACGAAGAUCUUGUGCCGUUACUGGAGUGUCUGGCGUCAGUAACGAUCGCGAUGGGCCCUGCCUUUCUCCCAUAUGCCGGCCCCAUAUUCAUCCGAUGCAACAAUAUCAUCCAUAACGCGCUAUUACAAUAUCAGGCGUACCAGCAGAACCCAGAUAUGGAUGAGCCCGAUCGGUCAUUCUUGGUAGUCGCUUUGGACCUCUUGUCAGGAUUGACGCAAGGCCUUGGUAUGGCUUUGGAGCCCUUAAUCACCCAAACACAGCCGAACCUUUUCUCGUUGCUCACGGUCUGUCUCAAGCAUCCCCAAGCGCCUGUGAGGCAAUCCGGUUACGCAUUGGUUGGAGAUAUGGCCAUGUCGUGUUUCCCUUUGCUGCGCCCACAUAUGCCGGGUAUCAUGGCCGAGCUGAUCAUGCAGCUAGACCCCGAACCGAAGGUUGAAUUCAUCAGCGCCUGCAAUAACGCAGCUUGGUCCGUCGGAGAGGUAGCUCUGCGUUACGGUCGUGACGAUCCCGAGUUCCAGCAAUGGGUCAAUCCUCUGAUUUCCCGAUUAAUACCGAUCCUCUUGCACCCUAAAGCCCCACGUAGCUUACACGAGAAUGCUGCCGUGUCGAUAGGCCGUAUUGGACUUAUGCACCCUACUCUCGUUGCAGCACAUCUCCCUGAAUUUGCUCAGGCAUGGUGCCAGGCGUUGUACGAGAUCCGCGACAAUGAGGAAAAGGAUUCCGCUUUCCGAGGAUUCUGCACGCUCGUGCAGACGAAUCCUGCUGGGAUCGCCAAGAGUAUCCUCUGGUUCUGCAAUGCCAUUGUCCGGUGGAACUCGCCGACGCCAGAGCUAAACUCGAUGUUUCAAACGCUUCUGAGCGGAUUUAAGCAGCAUGAUCCGGCCGGGUGGGCACAGCAAGUGGCGACAUUCCCUCCUGGUAUUCAGGAAAGGCUGCACCAGCGGUAUGGUGUGUAAGACAUCGGUGGAUGUUGCGCGUCCGGUCCUGUGAAUUCAAAAGAAGAUAAGAAUAGCUAUGUCCCUUUCCCUCCAUUGACGUCUCUGUUGUUUGUGCGCUGUGAUGACUCCCUUUGUGCAUCUGGAUCUUACCGUAGCUGUAGUAUCUUCCCAUCUUGUUCUUUUAGCAUGCUUGUGCUCCACGUGCAUCGUCCUCCACUCCUUCCCUCCUGAAUGUCGUAUAUCGUCUUGCCCUCUGUUUUGCAUACGUCAAUUCAUCUCUUUUCGUAGCAGUAGUCAUUUCUCCUCUCCAUUGCAUGCAGUAGAUAGUAUACAGUAGUUACCACGAACUCGACGAUUUCAAGCAUCUAUAUAACUUCGUCAUCCCA